AGUAUUUUUUUAACCCCAUGUGUCACUGUACCAUUAAUAACUUACCAGUACAACAUAUAUUUUAACAGAACUGGACGUAAACUUGCGUUUUACCCGAACCUCACCUCCCGGAAAUAGUAGCUAGUUAAGGAAUUCUGACCUCAUCUACCGGAAAUGUGAUUGAAAAAUGUUGUUAUAUAAUAACAAUAUCACACAUUUACACAUAUAUAAUCAAACAAAUGUUUUCUUCAGGGUUCCCUGGAUUUCAUUUACUUAAAUUCACUUAUUGGUUAUGUUAUCAAAGGAAUUUGGCCUCACGGCCGGAGGUGAUAUUGUCCCCAUACCACCCAUACCAGUGUUGGGGAAUGUUGACCUCAACUUCCGGAAGUGUUGCAGAAAACCCUGCAAUUUGCAUUUCCAUGUUGACAAUUUUACUGUCUUUUGGAUUGUUUAAACUAUUUUUUUCGUUUUUAUUGAUUCUAUGUUAAAUCUGACUUUAUUUCCUUAUUUAUUAUUUCAAUCUCAUGUUUUGACCCACGCUUGUCUACCGGAUCCGGAAAGACCUCUUCUAGCUGGCCGAGCGACUCGCUCUAUUUGGUGUUUGGAAUUUUUUUUUUCAGAGCUGAAUUUUUUUCACUUUUUUUCUUUUUUUUUUUUUUUUUUUUUUUUUUUAUUUCAGAGAGAAGAUAUAAACCCGGAAGUUUUCCCCAGUCGUUUGCAAACGGGGAGCGAUGGAAGACUCUCAUUUUAAUUCUUCGUAUUUCUGGUCUCCAGUCUCCACAGGGCAGAUUGAGAACACCAUGUUUAUCAAUAAGAUGAAGGACCAGCUUGUCUCGGUAGACAAGGCUGGCAGCUUCGCUCCCCCUGGGGGGACCUCUCACUACCCCACUGCCGUGCUCACCAUGCCAGGCUCUGCUGUUACUAUGGAGAUGGGCCGAGGUGGGGGGAAGUCUCAGGAGGGGGGGGGGCACCUCCACCCCCCCCACACCUCCCAGCAGAACAUCACUGUGGUCCCAGUACCAUCCACUGGGAUCAUGACUGCUGCUGGUUUGGUGAUCACCACUCCCCAGGGAGCGCUCGUUUCUUCCGCUCCACCAGGCUCAGUAGCUGGUCAGUCCUUCUCAGUGGCCGGAGUCACUGGUCAUCCUUCAGCUGCCACCAUGAUAGUGUCCACGUUGCACCCUUCUGGCACAGCACCACCUGCAGUGCCCCCCCCUAUACACACCCCGGGCAAGCGCGGGCGCAAGAAGAAGCAGCCAGGAGGGGGCGGAAUCAACAGAGCCAUCAUGACAGCACACUCCGCCAUCACCGGUGGCAACCAGGCCAUGAUACUGGCACACCUAGCAGCAGGGGGACAGCACCACAGCUCUGACCCCUAUGACCUUGGCAAUGAAGAUGAAGAGACAAUCACAGCGAAGGAUGGCAGCAGGUCCUAUCGCUGUCGAAUGUGUGCUGUGACUUUCUUCUCCAAGUCUGAGAUGCAGCUCCAUUCUAAAACUCACACUGAGAACAAGCCCCACAAAUGCCCGCACUGCUCCAAGACCUUCGCCAACUCCAGCUACCUGGCGCAGCAUAUCCGCAUCCACUCAGGGGCCAAGCCGUACACCUGCUCCUACUGCCAGAAGGCAUUUAGGCAGCUGUCCCAUCUGCAGCAGCACACCAGAAUCCACACUGGUGAUAGACCCUAUAAAUGUGCACAUCCCGGUUGUGAGAAAGCCUUCACCCAGCUCUCAAACCUGCAGUCCCAUAGAAGGCAGCACAAUAAAGACAAGCCCUAUAAGUGUCAUCACUGCCACCGCGCAUACACGGACUCUGCCUCGCUGGAGGUGCAUCUCAGCACUCACACGGUUAAACAUGCCAAGGUCUACUCCUGCGGCAUGUGCAACCGUGCCUACACCUCGGAAACGUACCUGAUGAAACACAUGCGGAAGCACAACCCUGAUCCCAGUAACCCAGUGCAGCAAAACCAGUCUGCCCAGUCCAGCAGCUCCCAGCAACAGCAAGGCUCUCAGAACCAGUCAAACCAACCCCACUACACAAACCAGUCCGAGCCUAACCCAGGCCAGUGCCCCUUCAACCUGCACCAGUACAAACCAGUAUCGGCCGCUGAGCUGCAGUACAAACCAGUACAGAACCAGUCAGACCACCAACAACAUAAAGACCUGUGUCUGACUGUGUCCACCUCUGCUAUCCAAGUAGUGGAGCAUUUGAAUUCAUAAGAGAGGGGAGAGAGAAGGGAGAUAGACAGGGAGAGGGGAGAGGAGUGGAGUAGAGUCAGGAGAGGAGUGAGGAAAGGAGUGAAGUGUGGAGUGAGUAAGGCAGUGAAUACAAAGAUUUCCACACAAAAUCUUGAUUUUAAAAUACAUAUGGCUUCAAAUGCCAUUGAAACAGAUUUGUAAUUCUUCUCUUUGUUUGCAGCCAUUAUGGGUGGUUCCAGUGGGUGUGCUCUAAUAAUAUAAAAUAAUAUUUUAUCACUAGUCAAUUGGAUAACAAAAAAAAAAAAAAUACAAUGUCAGUAUCUAAGCAACAGAAUUGGGAGUCAUUCAUAAUGAGUGGAGACAUGCUGAGCGGUGAGGGAGGGGCUCACAGCACACCUCACAGCAGACUGAGCGGUGAGGGAAGGGCCUCACAGCACACUUCAUACAGCAGACCGGCUGGGCAGAGGCAUGGCCUUGGUUUGAAAGGGUGUGUGAGUUGGUAUUUACCGAGUCCUUUACUAAUCUUUUUCAUUGUUAUUAGCUGUAUAUAAUAUUAGAGCUAAUUAUUAUAACCUCAUCACACACUCUCAACCACAGGGGGUGUCAUUUUCUGUGUAAUAACUUGUAACCCAUUGUAUAUUAUUUGUAUAACCUGCUCAUAUAAAAGUGCUGAGAUGUCUAAUAUGUAGAUACCUAUUGAUUACAGUAUAUAU